AUGCCACCAAAAUUGAAAAACGGAAACCCAGUGCGCAAGCAUGUAACGACUGCUUGUACCCCGUGUCGAGACGCGAAAGCGAAAUGCGACGGAUCGAAGCCAUCAUGCAAGAAUUGUGAAUCCAAAAACAAAGUCUGUAGCUACCGGCAGCGCGACGACAAGCGAAACAGGAUCCCUAUACGUAUUGCUGUUACGCUCCUAGCUGAAAGAGUUGCAUUUCUAUCGCAACUCAUUCGGAAUAAUGGUCUUGAAGUCCCGGAAAUGAAUGAGGCAGAUCAAGAUACCUUAAGAAGCAUUCUGCAGACAUUGGGAUUGAGAUGUGAAGGUGUUCGUGUAGGAGACCAAGAAUCCAGUAACUCGGGAGCUAUUUUGCCGGAGAACGAAAGAGUUAUCAGCGUGGCCAGCCAGGUUACCAAUGGACAGACGAACAUGACGAACACGCAACGGUCGGAUUUAGGGGGGCGUGGUGAUUAUAACUACACUGGGAAUGACCUUCAUGCAUUUUGCGAGGCACCCGAUCCUCAGAUACCAGUAGAAGAUGUCUCCGAGGGAACACUGCUGAUUGAUUGUGACUCUGCCAAUUCGACACACAUUGGUCCUACGCAGAACGGCCAAAUUCCUAAUCCACUUCCUGGAAUGUCUCGGAUGCAUGAUCAGGAUCCAACUCAGCCACGACCCAAUGAAAUUCCGAUCAGUGGUCUUCCAGAAACCGACAGUGACGAUGAAGUUGUGGAACAGCUUUCAUAUCGUCUGGGACGAGUGCAAGUGACUCACGACGGUCAACUACGAUAUUUUGGAUCGACUUCCAACCUGACGUUACUUGAUGCUCUGGUUAGUAUUGGCAAUCCUAAUUCAACUUCGGUUCAGAAGGAUAUGCAAGACACUUUGGAGAACUUGAAACUUGAUAUGCAAGUCGAAGAAGCCUUUGAAAAGCACCUACUAGAGCUCUACUUUGCCUGGCAAGACCCGUGUCUCCAUGUCGUGAACAUUGAAGCCUUCUGGAAGGCAAGAUUGCAAAACCGCUAUGAAGAUUCAAACUCACAGUAUUACUCUCGCUCUUUGUGUGCAAUGGGUGCAGCGUACGAGCCCAAAUUUCACCCUGAUCUUGUCACGUUUCCUCGGUCACUAUCAGAAUUCUUCAGUGACCGGGCGAAGACCUUGUUGGAAGCCGAGAUUGAAAAUCCUUCCCUAGCUACAGUGCAGACUCUAGUCAUUCUCAGUAACUACGAAGCAUCGAGUACCAGAGAUUCUCGAGGCUGGUUGUACAGUGGGAUGGCCAUGCGACUCGCAUUUGAUCUUGGACUUCACUUGGACAUGAUACCAUAUGUGGAAAAGGGUAUCAUCUCGGCCGAGGAAUGUGAGACCCGACGGACAGUCUUCUGGGGCGCUUAUCUCAAUGAACAAUUUUGGGGAUACUACCUGGGGCGGUCUGCACGGAGCCCAAUGGCCGGUGUUACUGUUCGAAAACCAUACUGGAAUGACUCCUAUUCAACCAUUCAUACGGCAGCACGAUGGAGAGCCUAUGGAUGUCCACAAGUCAGCAUACAAAGUAUCUCAAAUCCGAUCGACAUGAUCUGUGGCCAAUGGGUUUCUCUGUAUGAUCUGAUGUUACCAGCUACCGAUGUACUGUGA